AUGCAAGACGAUUCCAUUUCAGUUGUGCAGAAAUCAUCUCACAGCUCACCUGAUGGCGAAGAGUCCCGGUCAAGUUUGUGGACGUCCCACAUGUAUCGGUUGUAUGCCGUACUAGCAUUGGGAUAUCUUUGCAUUGUGUUUCAGGGCUACGAUGGCUCGUUGAUGCCGUCAAUAAAUGCCAUGCCUCAAUAUCAGCAGUAUUAUGGGCUAAAAUCAGCCGGCUCUUCUACCGGUCUAGUCUUUGCCAUCUACAACAUCGGCAGUCUAGGCUCUCUUCCGAUCGCCGGUCCAGUCAAUGAUCUACUAGGCAGACGAGCUGGUAUCUUCCUAGGCUGUUGUUUCAUCAUCAUUGGAACCUGUGUACAAGCACCCGCUAUUUCCAGACAAAUGUUCAUUGGCGGUCGAUUCCUGUGUGGAUUUGGCCAGGGUUUUGUUAAUGUGUCUGCGCCCCUUUUCGUGUCAGAGCUAGCUCACCCUCGCUGGCGAGGUCCCCUUUCAGGUCUUACGCAGACAAACUUCUUCAUCGGAAGUAUUAUUGCAUCAUGGGUUACGUACGGAACUGCCUUUCUUGAUGGAGAAAAAGCUUUUCGCAUUCCUAUCUGGCUUCAGCUCGUCACUACCAGUAUCGUUGCCAUAGGAAUAUGGUUCGCCCCUGAAACCCCGAGAUGGCUCAUGGCCCAAGGUCGACGUCAAGAAGCCGAAAGAGUUCUAGCUGACUUGCACGGCGAGGGAUCCACGGAGCAUUGUUGCGUUCGGUUACAACUCGCCGAAAUGGAAAGCCAAAUACGCGAGACCGGUUCAGACAAACGCUGGUGGGAUUACAGCGGCUUGUUCAAUACACGACCAGCACGUCGACGCAUGAUCUGCGUGAUUGGAAUGGCGUGGUUCGGGCAGUAUUCCGGUAAUGCUUUGGUCAGCUACUAUUUCCCCGUCAUUGUGCAACAAGCGGGAAUCGACGAUCCACACAUGCAACUCCUCUUAAAUGCUUUAAACCCUGUGAUUUCCUGGUUCAUAGCCAUUCUAGGAGCCAUGCUACUCGAUCGCGUGGGUCGCAGGCCCUUUCUCCUAGCCGGCGUCCUGGGCAUGUCAUUAUGCUUGGCCAUUGUCACUGGCUGCACAAAGCUAUCCGUCGACUAUUCCAACCGCGAUGCUAGCCAUACAGGCAUCUUCUUCAUCUACCUUUUCAGUGCCAUCUUUUCCCUAUGUAUAGUACCACUUAUCCCCUUCUACAUUGCCGAAACUCUGGCCACCGAGACCCGUGCAAAGGGCACAGCAGUUGGACAACUAUUCGGUUCCGCAGCAUCCAUUCUAGGGCAAUACACGACAGCUACAGCCAUUGGUUCAAUUGGUUAUUACUACUAUCUCGUCUUUAUAUUCUGGGACCUAGUGGAAUUCGUCAUCAUUUACUUCUUCUUUGUCGAGACGAAAGAGCGCACUCUCGAAGAGAUGACGGAGAUAUUUGAGGCACCUAACCCUGUGAAGAAGUCGCUGGAAAAGAGAUCACCUCAGACAGUGGAGCAUACGAUAUAUUAUGAGAAAUGA